AUGGAUGCCCAUCACAGAGCCUUUCGGCGUAACACCGUCUCUCGACCCCAGGAUCACUCAUCUCGUAGGGACGAACCAUCUAAUUAUCGUGCUGUUAAAGAACUUCCUCCUCCUCACCCCGAUUAUUCGUACGAGGAAUAUAAUCCAUUCUCUUCUGGGUCGGAUCUUGAAGAGUAUUCUGCCGAAAAUACAGCUCCUCAGCAAAGGCACUACCAUUGUACAACCAGGCCAGUCCAAGGACCCAACUCAAAUCUUCGUCAAGCAUAUCACGACGCCAACCGUGAGCAGGGUCACAUUGCGCAAGAUUUUCGGUUCCAUGCCCAAGAAAGGGGACUGCCAAGUACUACUCCAGAGGUAGAGCCUUACCCUCAAGAAACUGAUGCUGUGGUUGAUGGACAGCGCCAUCUCCUUGCAGACGCGGAACUAGGGUGGUCAAAUUCCUUGGAAGAUAUCACAUCUCAAUUUGACGAGAGUGGUAGCUCGUCUCCCCAAGGACUGGGUCAAGACCGUAACCAGUAUACCCCUUCUUUAUAUUCUGACGACUCAGAAGUCCAAUCCCAGCAAAUAAACAAUUUCGCACGGAACGAGCAAAGCUGUGAGAACACCCGUUACCCUCGCUCUCACAAAACACAUUCGAAUUCACCUUCUUUCUCGUACCUUUCUCGGCCUAUCCCCAGUCAGGAACCGCCAGAGCUUCGAGUUGGAAAGCUUCGUUCUUUCAACCCUGCUUCUUCAAAACCCCGUCGCUCCACUCAACAUAGCCCAGAAUUUCCCCACCCCCACCAUUUCCAGACUCUCAGUAGUCGGGAAAGAUUCGAUCCGCUCAAUUUUUUCCCUGGUGCUACAGACUCACACGGAAGCCUUGAACUUCCAAAUCGAAUUCCAGUAAUACGGCGGGCCACAGAGCCGGCUGGCGAGUUGAAACCCGGGAACCCGCAAAUUAUUAUCGAGCCUUCGACUUCUAAUCGACGAGAAGUUCCUCAGCCCUGCGUUGCUGCGGAUACCGACAGACGCGAAAGUAGUUCUCCAUUUCCGACCGUUCCUUACACGUCAACAACUUCUUUGGAACGCGUCCCUACUUCUCUUGGGGCAUCCAGACCUCGUAAGAAAAGCAUCCAUCGAUUUGCCGAAUCCUUUAAAAAAUUGUUCCAAUCCCGAAAUUCACCUGAUUCUCACGAUAAUUCUCCGAAGCAACCAAGGAAGAAAUCUGGUUCAAGCAAACGGAGGCCUAGUCUCCCAAGCAGAUUUUUCAGGCGUAGUCCUUCUCAUUCGCAACCCCCGGACGUCGGUUUUUCGUCGACCUUAGAGUCUCCACCCGUGCCAAAAAUGGAUCGUUCAAGGUUCCUUGACCCAUCGUCGGCCAUGAUGGCCUUGACCAAACAGAAAUCAGAAGCCAUGAGAUUAGCUCGAGAACAAGCGGGGGCCGUGGCUGAAAUGUGUCGACGUGCAAGAACCGAUAUUCCCCCAUAUACCUUCGAAGAACUGAUUGGAAAAGGAUCGCGUCAGCUAUCAACCCAAAAGCUCGUUGCAAUCAAAGUGAUGGAUAUUGACAAGCUUGAUUACAAAACUGUCAGAGACAUGAAAGAUGAGUCUAUCAAAGACUUUAUUCAUGAAACCAAAGUUUUGCAACAAGUUAAAGAUGCGGGAGCAAAGAAUAUUAACAUGUUCAUUGAGGCGGUUUCAAUCCACUCACAGCUGUGGCUAAUUUGUGAAUACUGUCCAGGUGGCAGUGUAAAAACUUUGAUGCGAGCAACUGGAGAUAAACUAGAAGAGAAGUUCAUCAUACCUAUUGCCAGGGAGCUAGCUGAAGGCUUAAAAGCCAUUCAUGAUGCUGGAAUCAUUCAUCGCGAUGUGAAAGGUGAGCAAACAUCUGUUUUUCUUUUCAAUGUUUGA